AUGGAGUCCCUGCAGGAAUCUAUGCAGGAUCCCAUGCACGAUUGGGAAAAACCUGUGUCAAUAGACGAUGGACAGGAGUUCCGACCGCGGAAAAAACGCCGCAAGUACAUCGCACGAGCUUGUAAUGAGUGCAAGCGUCGCAAAAUCAAAUGCAAUGGCGAGACACCGUGUCAUCGCUGUGGCCGACAGCACAUUGAAUGUGUCUACGUGGAAAACGCACCUCAAGAAAGCCUCGGGGAUCAGGAAAACUUCGAUCGACUAUUUGAUCAAAUGCGGUCCAUGCAGGAUCAGAUCACCUCGCUAUCUGCAGCCGUUCGCUCAGUGACGCAUAGCGACGCAUCCCCUCUCACUGGGUCUCGGCCCAGUGUGAUGGGACCGGCACCGGGGUCGUACGCACCUGUGCCGUCUCAACGAUCCUUGCGACGGGUAUCUGCUGUUCGGGAGACGGCAUUCCAAGGCCCUACUACUUCGGCAUUUAGUUUCGAUCUUGCCAAGUCAAGUCUACAGCAACGGGGAAUCGUCGAGCGUAACGAAGCAGGCGACGGUGGAGAUGUUACUCAGGAACCGUCACCUUUGGCCUCGCCAUCAGCACCGAAUCGUCAACUGGAAGUUCAACAGGCCGUGGACCCUCUUUGGACACUUUCAAAGGAAGAAGCAUUAAGACUUUGCGAGGUCUAUGAAGAGGAAAUGGGCGUAAUGUACCCUGUUCUGGAGUUGUCGGAGCUUUUGGAUCAAGUGAGCCAACUCUAUGGAGGGUUGAUGGAUGGCAACAUGUACCGAGGGACAUCGAUCGAUGGACGGAAAGCCUUAGAUCGGGAGGACGUCUCCAUCCUCCGCUUGGUUUUAGCAUGUGCUUUGACUGCCGAAGCUAGUGGCCAUAGCGAACAAGCCACUGCUCUGUUUGAUAGUGUACGUGAAGUACAAGACAAUUGCGUUUGGGGUCCCCCCAAAAUUAAGAACAUCAUAUUUUUGACACUGGUGUCCAUAUUCUACUUUCAGGAAGAUGAAGAGAUUUUGGCCUGGCGUACUAUCGGAAUCGUCGAGCGUAUGUGUCUAGAGAGAGGCCUUCACCGCCGAGAGACAUUAAGUCAACCGGCCAUUGAGGCUGAGGGAAAAGACCGCGUGCUCCGGCUUUUUUGUCGCAUCGCCGCCAAGGUGUGGAAGUUCAUAUCAGCAUUUAACAAUACGAACGAGAUCAAGAAAGAGGAAAUGAAUUACUUGGAUUGGCAAGUGCUUAGCUGGGCACAGAAUAUUCCGCAUUCGCUACGACUGGAUCAUCCCAGCACCCCAGAAUCGGGACCCGCCGUUGAAGGCCCACGGAGUCUACGACGACUCCGCGCAUUGUUGUAUCUCCGCGCCAACCAACUAAGGAUGCUUAUUCAUCGCCCGGUACUUCACACGGCUGGACAUAUAGUACGAUAUCCCAGCGAGUCGGAGACUGUUGUCAAUAUCGCCAAAGACACCAUUCGUUUUAUCACACGUCUGAAUGAAACAUCAGAUAUCUACCAGUUGCAGCAGGUAACAUUCAAUUGGUUCUUGGUUUCUGCACUUGCUGUCAUAUUCCUUGCUGUUUCGCAAGCCCCAACUCAAUUCAGUGGGUCUUGCAAGGAGGAGUUCUAUUUCGCACUAGAACUGGUCAAGGGAUUUUCAACCCAAUCUUACAUCUCACGAAGGUUGUGGAAGUCCAUCCGCAGUCUUCGCAAGCUUGGACCCCAAUUGGGACUGGGAGGGCAAAGAGCCCGGUCAGAUGAACAUGCUGUUGGCAAGAACCAUGUUUCUGGGAUCCUGGAUUCUGAGAAAUCCCCAGACCCGCUACUCACCUCCAGAAUCAAUAGCCAGACACCCCUAGAUGGAGCGCAAAUGACGCAGGAGCUUAUGGAGUGGUUUGAAGCGGUCGGAAACGUUGAGGAUCAAAUUAUGGGUGUAGGGACUGGACCCAUCCCAGAGGAAGGGCCUUGGCAGCAGAUGCCAAAUGGAGCAUUCAUGUUUGAUUAUGGAGGGGAGCUGUCUAGUGUUAUGCGGGAUUGCUUCUAG